CCCUCUCUCUCUCUCUACCCUAUGAAGAUUUUGAAGCUCACAAAGCUCAGGUCUGCACUGAAGAGGCGGGCGUCCAUCGGAAAGGUCGACAGCUCCGUCUCCGACUCCACCACCGAGGAAGCCAGGGUCGCCGGGAACCUCCACGCCGUGUACGUCGGGAGGUCUCGGCGACGGUACCUCAUCCGGUCCGAGGUGAUGGAGCACCCGCUGUUCCGAGUCCUGGUGGAGAGAUCGGACGGCUCCGACGGAGUGAUCAGCGUGGCGUGCGAGGUGGUGCUUUUUGAUCACUUGCUCUGGAUGCUGGAGACCGCCGGUGACUCGCGUUUGGACUCAACGGACGAGCUCGUCGAAUUCUACAGUUGCUAUUGAUUAUCCAUCAAUUAUAUACGUGAAUCUUCUUCGCGGUAAAUUGCAGUAGUUUGGAGGUAGAGAUGGAGAUGAUGAUGAUGAUGAUGAUGAUGAUGAUGGUGAUGAGAUCUGAUUAAUUAGCGAUUUAGCGUUGAGCUUAGGUUGAUCUUGACGUCGACGACGAUUCGUCGCUCUAUAUGUUGCAUGUGAUCCCAAUUCCAACUGCAGUGCUUCAGUAGUUUGUUUUUGGCAACAAUUCACCAAUGUGAUCAUGGAAAUUGUUUUAAUCACAGAUUUUAUUUAUUUACAAUCCCUAAACAAAGUUUAAAACAGUGUGGUACGCG